AUGAGGUGUUGCACUAAGAAUGCAAUAAAGGUAGGAAGCCCUAAGAAGGUAAUCGUUGACCAGACAGAGGAUGACACCCGGGAUGAGGGGAAUCCGUACGAAGACCUCCCCACGGUUACCCUCACGCUGAGCGACGGCUCAGUGUACACGGGUACUACGAAGAACAAUCGCCUGCACGGACGGGGGCUACUGGAGUACGCAAAUGGGGACCAAUACGAGGGAGAAUUUCUUGACGGCAAAAAGGAAGGAAAGGGAAAAUGGAAAGACGCGGAAAAUAAUACAUACGAAGGAGAUUGGGUAAAAGAUAAAAGACAUGGACAUGGAGUGUACAAAACAGCAGACGGAUUUAUCUUCGAAGGAGAGUUCGUAAAUAAUAAAAGGGAAGGAAAAGGAACCAUUAUCACUCCAGAGAAGACUAAAUAUGUUUGCUCAUUCCAGGAUGAUGAGGAGGUAGGAGAAGUGGAAUUUUUUUUUGCAAAUGGUGAUCAUGCCCUUGGACAUAUUAAAGAUGGUUAUUUAUCUCAAAAUGGAAGGUAUGAAUUUAAAAAUGGAGACAUUUACGUGGGGAAUUUCGAGAAAGGAUUGUUUCACGGCGAAGGGUACUACAAAUGGAACAACAACCCGAAUUACGCUAUUUACGAGGGGAACUAUUCUGGAGGGAAGAAACACGGGAAGGGUAGGCUCAUCAAUAAGGACGGACGCAUACUCUGUGGUAUAUUUAAAGAUAACAAUAUGGACGGCGAGUUUUUAGAGAUUAGUCCCCAGGGGAAUCAAACAAAAGUCCUCUUCGACAAAGGCGUUUUUGUCAAAAUUGUGGAAAAGAAUGAAGAAACCCUAAACGUGAAAGAAUUCCUCAAAGACUCCAUCAUUCACACAACUAUCUUUUCCGACCCGAAUACAUACAAGAAGUUAUAUGAGAUCACGGGAAAGAAGAAGCCCCCCGGUCGCCUUAACUUAAAAUGGACGCAGCCCAAAAGUUGA